AUGAGACAGACCCUAUUAGAGUGUUCUCACUUCUCUCGCGAGGUCUUUUGGGCAGCAGUGGAUUCAACAGUGAGAGCUAGAGGCUCAUUUUCUCUUAGGGCUAAGUCCAUGUUGGUGAUAGCAAGCAAAGAAAAAUUUCAUAAAAUCAAAAACGAAAUACAAAAGACCCUUAACUCCACCGUGUCCAAUGAAAGCACCCCACAAUCUGAAACCAUUAAUCCUCUCCACUAUCUUCAAUUCCAACGCAACGACGAUGGCACUUUGACUCGUUUGCAAGACACUACUCCGCACACAUCACCCUUCUCAGACACCACUCUUCCAAUCUCGGUUUUCUCCAAAGACCUCACAAUUAACCAAUCAAACAACACUUGGGUUCGCUUAUUCCUACCCAAAAUUGCAUUAUCUUCCAACCACAAGAAGCUACCUCUCGUUGUUUUCUUUCAUGGCAGUGGUUUCAUUCUUUACAGUGCAUCUACCACCAUGUUCCAUGAUUUUUGUGUGCAAAUGGCCGAAACUGUUGAAGCCAUUGUUGCCUCCGUUGACUACCGCCUUGCGCCGGAGCACCGGUUGCCGGCGGCGUACGAUGAUGCGAUGGAAGCUUUGCGUUGGAUCAGAAGCAGCGAUGAGGAGUGGCUAACACAAUAUGUUGAUUAUUCCAAGUCUUAUGUUUUGGGGAAUAGUGCUGGAGCCACUAUCGCCUACCAUGCAGGUCUACGUGCAUUGGAAGAGGUGAAUGAUCUUGAGCCACUGAAGAUCCAAGGAUUAAUAUUGCGUCAAGCAUUUUUUGGGGGCACCCAAAGGACUGAAUCAGAGUUGAAACUUCAGAAUAACCCAGUUAUUCCACUGUGUGUCACUGAUUUGAUGUGGGAAUUGGCACUGCCAAUUGGGGCUGAUCGUGAUCAUGAAUAUUGCAAUCCAAGGUCUGGGAAUGGUAUUCAGAAAUUGGAUAAGGUGAGGGAAUUUGGGUGGAGAGUAUUGGUGAGUGGGAACGGUGAGGACCCUCUUGUGGAUCGUGAGAAGGAGUUGGCACAAUUCAUGGAAGAGAAAGGGGUGCAUGUUGUGAAGAACUUUGAAGACGAAGGUACCCAUGGGGUAGAAAUUUUUGAUCCAUUCAAGGGAAAGCAGCUCAGUGAGUUAGUCAAAGUUUUCAUUAACAACCAAAAGCAAGCUUGA